AUGAAUCGUCGGUCGAACACGCUGUCUGGUGAAACUUACUGUAACUCAAUCACCAUGCCCGUCGCUGCGCGAAUGACUAGCAUAGAUGGACUAGUAACAGUUCAUGAUGUAGAGGCGGCACCUGAUUAUCGAUACGACUUUGCCUUGCGUGAUCAUGUAGAAACCAUGUCGAUAGCCGAGAGUCGAUAUAAGGCACAGUGUACCGAUAUAUUAUGUGGGGGUUAG